CUGAAUCCGUGCGUUGCGUGCGUUGCGUGUAUUGCGGGCGAUGCGUGCACGCAAAUAAAACCAACUGCAACAAAGUACGAACAUGUCCUAACUGGCCGUAACAUGCGUGCGAUGCGUUUUAACGCACCGCACAAAAUAGAGCUUGUUCUAUUUUCCAACGCAACGUUGUGCGUCAAGACACAUUGUCAAUUAUUUAAAUUUAUUUUUUUUUGUAUUUCAAAAAUGGAUGUUCUUAUUUCCGAAGUACAAAAAAGAUCAGUACUUUGGAAUAAAUGGGAACCAAAAUUUAAAGAUCGGGUAGUGGCAGACAGGCAUUGGGAUUCUGUAUCCAAAGAACUUGGAAUGUCAAAAGACGAUGUUAAAAAAAAGUGGAGAAGUCUUAGAGAUCAAUUUUUAAAAGAAUUUAAAAAAAUCCCUUACAGUCGUUCAGGAAGUAGCCAAGAAUAUGCUGCGCUAUAUCAAGGCAGAUGGAGCUAUUUUCGUGCGAUGUUAUUUUUGAAGGACACUGUCACACUAAGAAUAAGUGAUGGAAAUAUAUCCGAUGUAGACGUAGAUGAGGUUGAAGAAGACAUCAAUGAGGAACAAGACGAACUCGAGGAUGUUGACCAGUCAUUAGAACUAAAUAUUUCUACAAAUGAUUAUAAUACUUCAUCACCCCCGUCAACUUCAUUUACGACAACUAAAAAAAAAAAUAAGAGAUCAAAAAAACAAGAAACGGGUAAUACUUUUGAACAACAACUGAUUGAUCUUGAAACUAGAAAACUAGCCGCAUUAACUGAAUCACCCGCUCCAGAUGACGAAGAUAUGCAUUUUUUUAAAUCCAUUCUUCCAUAUUUUAAAAAAAUGAGCCCCAUUCAAAAAUUACGAGUGAGAAACGAGUUCCAAAAUAUUUUGAUACGUGAAAGUGUACCACCACAGCAAUACAUCGGCACAACAAAUUCACAUAACCAAAAUUACAUUAUUCCAUCAGUCUCUACCGUACAUCCAACAUACACUUCCAUACCACCAUCUUUACCAAAUUUCCACUAUUCAGACGACACACAUUCUAGUAUUUAA